AUGGCUGAACCGAACCUCCUGCAGAGCUCCGAGAAUCCGCCUGCGCGACCGUCGUACAUCUUGAGAGGUCACACUGCGCAGAUACAUGCGGUGCACUUCUUUCGCGGUAACACUCGCUUGCUAACAGGCGACGCGAGCGGCUGGAUUGUGCUUUGGAGUGUUUCCUCGAAGCGAGCCGUUGCUGUUUGGCGACCACAUACCAGCACAAUUCUUGGAGUUGGCAGUUGGAAUGAUGACAAGAUCAUAACGCAUGGCCGAGACAGCAAAGUCCACGUCUGGCGAUUGCGUGAGGACGACGAAAAGGACUUUUCGAAAGUGCUACCGAUUGAUAGCACGGACUCCACAGAACACAAGCAGCCAUGGCUCUUACACACUCUACCUGUCAACGCGCUGAACUUCUGCUCCUUCAGCAUGAUUCAUGCUCCCAAGGAAGGAACACGAGAUCUCCCCACGGAAGGUAUCUUGCUCGGCACACCUGGAGUGCAGGAUGGAAGCAUCAAUGUCACCUCUUUGCCAUCCCAAAAUCGAAUUGCUACAAUUCCUGCCCCGAAAGAGGUGCAGAAUGCUGGCAUGGUCAUGGCUGUUGGACUCGUGUUCGCCUCUCCUCCUAGCACGAACUCCAAUCGAGACCUUCUUGUCGUUGCUGGCUAUGAAUCCGGACACGCAUGUAUCUGGUCUCAGCCAUCAUCGAAGUCCGGUGCGCCCGCGAAAUGGCAGUGUGUGUACAGCGCAAAAUCUCACGCCCAGCCUGCCCUCUCUCUGGACAUUGCAACCGGUUCAGGAGUUUUCUAUACUUCUGGCGCUGAUGCGAUUAUUGCUCGACACCCUCUCGAUCCAAAGGCCGGGUCAGAUACAAAGACGCUUCAGACCAAGCAUGCGGGUCAACAAGGACUGAUAACUCGCGACGAUGAGAAGAUUUUCGCAACUGCAGGAUGGGACGGCAGGAUGAGAGUGUAUUCUACAAAAGGGUUCAAGGAACUGGCUGUGCUGAAGUGGCACAAAGGAGGUUGUUAUGCGAUUGCAUUCGCCGAUGUCACCAGCCACGAUGAUGAUGGCGGCGAACAGAAGGCUAUUGCUCAGAGAAAAAUGACGGUCGAAGAGAAGAGAGACGAGAAAGCACGAACGACGCACUGGUUGGCAGCUGGAAGCAAAGAUGGGAAAGUCUCACUGUGGGAUAUCUACUAA